AUGAGCGUAGCUCCUGCUGUCACUCAAGAUGUGCCCUUCCGUGUUAAGAAGAAACUUGAUCCGGCUCUUUACCGCAUUGAGUUGGGCCAGCUCACUCAGCACAAUAUCAAACAACUUCGGCUGAUUAAUCAAGUUGUGUUUCCAGUUUCCUAUACAGAAAAGUUCUACACUGAUGUCCUUAAAAAUAGUCAUAUGUGUCGCUUGGCAUAUUUCAAUGAUAUUGUUGUUGGAGCUGUCAGUUACCGCGUUGACAAUGUUUCUGUUAAACCCGAAGGAUCUGGAACUGAUGAUGUAGCUGCCCCACCGAGUUCUGUCGUUAAAAAGUGCUAUAUCAUGACACUUGGAUGCCUUGCACCCUACAGAGGAUUGGGGAUAGGAACCGUUAUGUUAAAGCACGUUGUGCGAUUCUGCCAUAAACACGGGAGCAUCAGAAGCAUUUAUCUGCAUGUGCAUGUUGAGAACGAUGUUGCAGUCGCUUUCUACAAGCAUUUUGGUUUUGAAAUCACUGGUCAGGUAGAGGGAUACUACCGAAGUGUACAACCACAAACCGCCUACAUUUUGGAGAAACAGUUAAAUCCAUCUGAUACGAUUGAUUCAUGUGAUUCUGACUGA